AGCACUUGCCUCUUGCAACGGGCUCCUAUGUAGCGGCUACCAUUCGCCCAUUCAUAAUCGCCAGUUGCUCGGACAUGCGUCGGAUGUUGGAACGAUUGGUCCUUUGUAAGCUGCAAUAGGUUUGCAUGGACACUGUCGAGUCUUUUCGCAGCAUCGCGUUCAUCUCGGCAUCCCCCAACUUGUCCUUCGUGCGUCUUGUUUUCGUCGCGACAUGCUUAAAGUCCGAUUCACACUCCCAUCGGAUGAUCAUGCGUGUAAAAACGGCAAGCUCGCCGAGGGUGUGCAGGAUAGUGGCCAGAGUCAGACCCAGGAGCCCCUCUUUUCUCCAGACCUUGGUAUACCCAAGCACACCUAACCCGCGGCACGACACAUCCAUGCGUCUCAAAAUCGAUACUUAUUACAACGUUGCAAGGCAAACAAUGGUCUUACGUGAUCGCGUGAUCGCGGAUCGCUCGCGACUCGCUCGGUCGCUGCCACCUGUCUUCCGUAGAGAAACCAAUGUAUGGAUGGAGCCACCAUCGGACCUGCUCACUAAGGAUCAUCGUCGCAGCUGUGCGAAAGAAUGCAACAGCAAACUCCGUGUCACGUGUGCACCGCGGCAUGGUUUCCCCAGCUUCGACGCUGCACUCGCUCUUCCCCUCAGCUGCACAUUGUGCAAUCUGGAGUUCUCUCGAGCAGGGCGCAUUCAUCUUGUCCGCUCCUGUAGCGAGUGAUGGAGUCAGGUUCUUUUGCUGCUCAAAAGCGCUCGCACCGAGCUGUUCUCGACCGGAUUGUUGUUGCAAAUAGAUAUAUCUGCAAGGAUGAACCUUGUUUACAAUGGUAGAUAUGCCAAUGUGGGAUCGCAUGC